GAAAUAUAUCUUCACAACAAGUAAAAUCCUUGUAUCCUUCCUUACUCUUAACUAUCAUCCCUAAACCCAUCCUUUUAUCUAAAAAUGGCUUCAAAGAGCACCAAUAUGACCAUCAUUUUCUUCCUCUCUCUUAAUCUCCUCUUUUUCUCCUUGGUUUCCGCGACAAACCCUCAUUCCAAAUGCCCUAUUGAUACCCUUAAACUAAAGGUAUGUGCCAAUGUGCUCAAUGGUUUGCUCGGGGUAAUUAUUGGAACCCCUCCUAAGCAGCCAUGUUGUAGCCUUAUUCAAGGCCUUGUUGAUCUCGACGCUGCGGUUUGCCUUUGCACUGCCCUUAGAGCUAACGUCUUAGGCAUCAACCUCAACGUUCCUCUUUCUCUAAGCUUGCUUCUCAAUGCUUGUGGCUGCAACUACCCCGCUGGUUUCACUUGUCCAUGAAACUGCUUGUCAUUUGCAACCUUAUCAUCAUGCCAAGACCAUUUGAAUGCGUAAUAUCCUACUAAGAAAAAAUAUUUACGUAGUACUAUAUGUUUCUACGUACUACUAUAUAUGUGUUUGUUUCAUAUAUAAGCAAUUAUGAAGGUGUGUAAUAAAUCUUCCUUUUGGAGAACGGUUAUCAAUUGUCAUUUUAUAAUCGAUGUUCAUAUAGAUUUAUACUUGUAAGUUGUAACAUAUACUAUCAUAUUGUGAUGUUCUUUGAUUAGCUAUAUAUAUACUAUAUUGCAUAAUGCACAAUAUAUAUACUAUAUUGCAUAAUGCACAAGCUUCAAUC